AUGAUUAUUGCCAAGGAGAUGAACAUCUUUAGUUGCCUUGACUCAGAAGAGGAUUUCCAAUUUAAAUCAUCUAACGAGUCAUUUUGUUCUGAUGUGUCUUCAAUUGGACCGAAAAGUUUCGAAUCAUUUCGAACGCAACAAAGCGAUUUAAGUAUUUCUUUGGAAACUGAUGAAGGCGUGAAAAAUGAGAAACUCAAAAGUAGUCAACAAAAAGAUGCUAAACACCACUACCUGAUUCACGGUCCAAGCCGCGUGAACCGGGAUCUUGACUGCAAUCGCAUUCUCGCUGUUCGUCAGAAUAAGUUGAAUAAUUUUAUUUUAAACCAGAACAAAGCUGCUAAUGUCAAGCGCCAAGAUCAUCACAUCAUGUUGCGGCUGUUGAUCGGUGAGGCUUAUUUCAGAGAUCCGGAGCGGGUAAAGAAUCGUUCUUUGUGGAAGAGGAUUGUGGCUGAUAUUGGGAAGGAGUAUUGGGGCGCCAACGCCAUCUUUAACCUCUCCCCUGAUCCCUAUCACAACGUUCUUGCGAAGCUGUCCUCAAUGAUGUUAUGGAACAAUAAGAUGCGGCAUUUGGAAUACCAAUAUCAUGAUAAUGAGUUGGAAGCACGACAGACACCUCAAUUGAAGGUAUUGGAGAAACUUGCACUAAGUGGAAAGUUAUUUUUGUAG